AUGGAGCCGCUCAGGCUGGUGGGAGGGGCCAGUCGCUGUGCCGGGACAGUGGAGGUCAGACUCAGAGGAGAGUGGAGACGAGUGAGGAAGACAGAAGACUGGACCGAGGAGGACUCCGCUGCUGUGUGCAGAGACCUGGACUGUGGGUCUGCUGUUUCUGGACGUCUGAGAGGUGGUUUUCCAGACAGUCCUGCGUGGGUGAUCUCACCUGACUGCAUGAAGAGGAGGAAGACUAAAGUGAGAGAAUGUGUUUUUGACAACACUUUCUCCUACCCGUAUGGUGUGGAGGUGAUGUGUUCAGACUUACUGAACCGUCCAGUCCUGUCCCUCUCUGUGACUGUGGGGGUCUCCCAGGUCCAGGACUCCCAGGUCCAGGUCUCCCAGGUCCAGAACUCCCAGGUCCAGGUCUCCCAGGUCCAGGUCUCCCAGGUCCAGGACUCCCAGGUCCAGGUCUCCCAGGUCCAGGACUCCCAGGUCCAGGUCUCCCAGGUCCAGGACUCCCAGGUCCAGGUCUCCCAGGUCCAGAUCUCCCAGGUCCAGGUCUCCCAGGUCCAGGUCUCCCAGGUCCAGGACUCCCAGGUCCAGGUCUCCCAGGUCCAGGUCUCCCAGGUCGGGGUGCAGGUGGUGCGUGUGCAGUUGGGGUCUCAGUUCUCGGUCCAGUGCUCGGUGAAGCCUCAGUUCCCAGGAGGCUCCUUCCAGCUGCUCUCUCCCUCUGGGAACCACACCCUGCCUGCUGUCAAUCACUCUGCACACUUCCUGUUCAAUCACACUGGCCCCGCCCACAAAGGAAACUACACCUGUGUUUACCACCUACAGGUGUUCGGCCACAGCUUCACCUCCGAGAGCGAGAGACUGGAGCUGAGGCUGGGAGGUGGAUACCAGGUGGAUACCAGGUGGAUACCGGGUGGAUACCGGGUGGAUAACAGGUGGAUAACAGGUGGAUACCAGGUGGAUACCAGGUGGAUACCAGGUGGAUACCGGGUGGAUACCAGGUGGAUACCAGGUGGAUACCGGGUGGAUACCAGGUGGAUACCAGGUGGAUACCAGGUGGAUAACCAGGUUAAGUCCAGAAGAGGCGCUAGUGAGACACAUGAGACCAUGAUCCUGAUGAAUGAGGUCAUCACAGAAGAGGAGAGAGGAGGAGACGGACCAGGAGAGGAGAGAGGAGGAGACGGACCAGAAGAGGAGAGAGGAGGAGACGGACCAGAAGAGGAGAGAGGAGGAGACGGACCAGGAGGAGAGGAGAGAGGAGGAGACGGACCAGCAGAGGAGAGAGGAGGAGACGGACCAGGAGAGGAGAGAGGAGGAGACAGACCAGAAGAGGAGAGAGGAGGAGACGGACCAGAAGAGGAGAGAGGAGGAGACGGACCAGAAGAGAGAGAGGAGGAGACGGACCAGGAGGAGAGGAGAGAGGAGGAGACGGACCAGAAGAGGAGAGAGGAGAAGACGGACCAGACGAGGAGAGAGGAGGAGACGGACCAGAAGAGGAGAGAGGAGGAGACGGACCAGGAGAGGAGAGAGGAGGAGACGGACCAGGAGAGGAGAGAGGAAGAGACGGACCAGGAGAGGAGAGACGAGGAGACGGACCAGGAGAGGAGAGAGGAGGAGACGGACCAGGAGAGGAGAGAGGAGGAGACUGACCAGGAGAGGAGAGAGGAGGAGAGGGAGCAGGAGAAAUGA